AGACGGCGAUUAGUUGUCGAACCGAAUCGCGACCCAAGUGGCCUGCGAAAUACUUUAACCAAUUUCAAGUUCCGGGGCCGUCGUGAAACCCUUGGAAAAAAAAAAUGUUCUCUCUGCGAGUGGCAUUCCUUUUGACAGCCUGCCUGUCCUUAGUGGCAGCAGACACCCGCCCGUUGGUCCUGGAUGAUGUCCAGCCACCUGUCACCCUGGAUACCGUGCUGGCUGACUACCGACUGGCCAGCCACAUUCUUCCCGUGAGCUACAACAUCACUCUGCGCCCGUACCUGCUGGAGUCCGAUGGCGUCAAGCGCUUCACCUUCGACGGUGAGGUACACAUCGAAGUGGUCCCAACGGAGAACACCACCUCGGUACACCUCCACGCGAAGAACCUCACCUUCUCGGUGAGCGAGUUCUGGGCCAAACCCGCUCAGGGAGUGGCUGCUCCGGCCGGAACGAACUUCAAUUCCGUCAACGAGACCAACUCGGACACGGAUAUUGUGAAGCUGACCACUGCGGCUACUUUGACAGCGAACACUCCGUACAUCCUUCACUUCGUUUACACGGGUCUCAUGGAGGACGACAUGCACGGAUUCUACAAGAGCUACUACGUGGAUGACAACAAUGUUACUAAAUGGCUGGGAUCCACCCAGUUCCAGACACACCACGCCCGCCGCGCCUUUCCCAGCUUCGAUGAGCCCAAGUUCAAGGCCACCUUCAACAUCACGCUGAAGCGCCACAGGACCUUCAACUCCGUCAGCAACACCCGUCUCAUUGGAUCCUACCCGAGCACUGAAGCUGGCUAUUUUGAGGAUGUGUUUGCGACCACACCCAUUAUGUCCACCUACCUGGUGGCCUUUAUCAUCUCCGAAUUCGCCGCCCGCACGGACGACAAGUUCCGCGUCCUGGCCCGCCCCGAAUACUAUGCCCAGACCCAGUAUCCUUACAAUGUUGGUAUCGAGAUCCUGCAGAAGAUGGGCGAGUACCUGAAUUUGGACUACUACACCCUCGGAAACGACAAGAUGGACAUGGCAGCUAUACCCGACUUCUCGGCCGGUGCCAUGGAGAACUGGGGUCUUCUCACCUACAGGGAACGCAGUCUACUGGUGGACGAGUCCGCUACUACCCUGGCCUCCCGCCAGGCGAUCGCCGCCGUGGUGGCCCACGAACAGGCCCACAUGUGGUUCGGCGACCUGGUUACCUGCGAGUGGUGGAGCUACACCUGGCUGAACGAGGGAUUCGCACGGUACUUCCAGUACUUCGGCACCGCCAUGGCGGAGGACAAGUGGGAUCUGGAGAACCAAUUCGUUGUAGAUCAGAUCCAGUCUGUGAUGGCCAUGGACUCCACGAAUGCCACCAAUCCACUGACCGAUCCAAACACUUAUACCCCCGCCCAUCUGAGCCGCAUGUUCAAUAGCAUCUCCUACAACAAGGGCGCGACUUUCAUUCGAAUGAUUAAACACACCAUGGGCGAGACUGAGUUCCGAUUAGCGCUGCAGAACUAUCUUGUCAAAAACUCUUAUAAGCCAUCGCGUCCCGAGUACCUUCUGGCGGAAUGGCAAAACACCUGGCCCAAUUCCAGCUAUAAUGCCAGCUCUAAGGACAUAUUCGAAAGCUUCACCACCCAGGUGGGCUAUCCCCUAAUCAAUGUUGCAGAGAAUGGAAACGGCAUCCGCUUCACACAGCAGCGGUUCCUCCUGAAGGAAAACGACGGCUCAAACGCCAGUCUGACAUACACUGUGCCCAUUUCUUACACCACCGAUUUGGAUGCCCAAUUCACUAAUGUUACUCCGAAAUUCAUCCUGGGACCCACCACUCCCGUGUUUGUAAACUUUAAUCAGGCCCCUAAAUGGAUUAUUGUGAACCUUCAGCAAACAGGUUAUUACCGAGCAAACUACACGUAUAGCCUCUGGCAAGCUAUUCGUGAACAGUUGUUUACCGAGAACUGGGGCAAAAUUCACGAGAACAACCGAGCCCAGGUGGUGGACGAUCUCUUCAAUCUAGCCAGGGCUGGACUCCUGCCCUACAACAUUACUCUGAAUAUAAUCGAAUACCUGGAGACGGAGACCCAUUACAUCCCCUGGACAUCCGCAUUCAACGGAUUCAGCUUCCUGACCAUCCGUCUGGGUAACGACACCGCCAACUUUAACAGCUACAUCCAAUCCCUUACCCAGAAGGCCUACAACCAGCUUGGGUUCAAUGAGACGGAGACGGACACUGCCUUAGACAUCUACCUGCGCACCAAGGUCCUGUCCUGGGCCUGCCGAUACGGCAGUGCCGACUGCAUCAGUCGGGCCAAGACCUAUUUCCAGUCCCUGUCCACCGUCCCCAAGAACAUCCGCGCCACAGUCUACUGUGUGGGUCUGCGCGAGGGCGGUUCCACUGAGUUCGAGGCCCUCUACAAUAAGUUUAAGGUCGAGACUGUGGCCACGGAGGAGACUCUGCUACAGAACUCUUUCGGCUGCGUGAAGACUCAGGCCCUCAUUGAGCGAGUGUUCAACCUAAUCCUUAGCGAUGAGAUCCGUCGCCAGGACAAGUCCUCGGUGCUGGCCACUCUCUACACUGAGAAUAACGAGAAUGUGAGCCCUGUGUUUGCCUUGGUCACCCAGAAGUUCGAGGAAUUGGCUCAAGCCAUGGGGGGCUACUCCGCAGUGGCCACUGUUAUCUCAAACAUCGCCGCCCGCUUUACCACCGAACAACAGUACGCGGAUCUCCAGACGUUCAACAAGAACAGUGGAUCCAAGUUCGGAACCUCCCAGGCCACCCUCACUGCGGCGGAAGCCACCGUGGCCGAGAACUUGGAGUGGGCGCAGGCCAAGCUGGGCGUGUUCCGCAGCUACCUGGCUGGACGCAACGGAGGCACCAUUGCGAGUGCCUUGAGUGCUCUGAGCCUUGUCCUGGUGGCUCUGGCUACCAUCCUGCGCCAUUAAGCAGAACUGAAGAGCGGGUGCAAGUGGGUCACGCGGGACCUCAAGCCCAUAAAGCAUUUGUACCUCGUAAAAUAAAAAACUAUAAAAACGU